AUGGCCUCUCCGGUGACCCAACUCCCCAAACGCCUACGCGACUUUUUCGUUCGCUAUCCUCCGCAAAUCUAUUCCGCGGCCGUUGCACCUCGCCCAACACCCCCCGAAACAACAGAAGCUGCUCAAGAAGCUGCGGAAAAGACACUGCCCUCUCCAUAUACCCCCGACAGAGACGCCAAGGGCCAUCCUCGACCAGACCCUAAGGCUUUCUCCUUUUCCAAAUCCCUCCUCUACAGUGAUCCGAAGAACCCCAACCCAUUCCUGCCUCGCAAGAACUUCGGCCAGAAGAUUUGGUAUAGUCCCACAAUUGGGCUGAGAAGACAAGCUGAGCUGGUCAAGCUGGCUAUCAAAUAUGACGUUGAGGCGAUGCUUCCGCCGGGACGCAAGUCGACCGAGUUCAAGGAAGCCAAACGGGCCGAGCGCGGAUUGCAAAUCAAGGGCACUGGUAUUGGACAGAAGGUCAAGGGUCACAAGUGGGAACGUACGAUGGAAGCUCGCCUGGAGGACAGACGCAAGGCGAUGAUGGAGAUGCCGGAGAUGAUCCGGUUGUGGAAGCAGAGAGGUCACGGUCGUGGCUGGAAGAAGUGGCCCAGAAGGUAA